AUGUGGCGGCGACAGAGAGCGGCUGAAGGAGACGGAGGUUGGCGACUACGGCCGGCUCGAGGACCCCCACGCGCGUGCCAACCUACUUGCCGGGUUGGCACGUCCAAGCGCAUGGUGGGCGAGUUCGAGAUGUCAGACGAACGCAAUUUGAAGAAGGACUACAUGAUUGUCGCCCGUUUUCUGAAGCAACAUGGCUCGCUCGGCGAUCCGUCGUUCGAGAAGGUGCUGGGAUGGGCCGGCGUACUUGAGCGUCCCCGUCUACGCGUAUGGGCAGUGGAACAGCUGCGCACAGAUCAGCCGGGCCCCGCGACGGAGACCGCCGAUACGAAUCACGAAAUGCUGGCGCUCUUGAAGCGAAAAGGACGCUAUAUGCGGAAAUGGAUUCUCCAAAUCAACACCGAGGCUGGCGCGCAGAUUCCGAUGCCUUCACAAGUUCUGGAACCUGUGGAAGCUUCGCCCGUCGAGUCCAGCGAUGACAGCGCGGUCGAAGCGGGAAAC